AUGUCCGAACAGAACCAAAACCAACACCAAAACCCCAACAUCAACCUCACCAUAGAAACCAUCCACGCCCCAUCCACCACCCCCCACAAACCAACCAGCAUCACAAUCUUCCUCGCCGGCAGCACUCCCCCUUCCCCCACAACCACCAGCAGAGACUCAUCCAGUUCCAUCCGCAUCUCCUCCUUCACCUCCAUCAGACGUGACCCAGCCCACAGCCAACCACCACCACCUCCACCCCCAACCUGGCGCGAUACCUUCUCCACCCAUCUAGCCCAUUACUUCCUCCCCAAACCAGAACCACAACCAGACACCAAUCCAGAUAGUAAUAUCAUCACAUCACCCCCCCAAACCAUCCACCUAACCAUCUACGACCCCUUCCGUCCAGACUGGGACAGCCCCUGGCGCGAAGAUCCCUCCUUCCCGCCGUUCAAGGAACAGGUCUCUUGGGAGAUGGAGAAGCGGGAACGGGCUGAUAUCGUGCUGUUUUAUUUUGAUCCUGGGAGUGCGGCGCCGAUCAGUCUGUUGGAGUUGGGGCUUUUGAAAAGUUUAGGCAUAGAUAAUAUAGAGGAUCGAGUCAGUACUAAGUAUAGCGUCUCAGCUGGCGACCAGAUCAUGGACCUACAAAGUGACAACACAACUGGUACUUAG